CAAAUAACCAGGACGGGUUGCGGAAUCUGACUGAGAGUGCUCUAGAGGAAGAACCUGAACCAGCCCCCACACGUCUAAGCAGAUUGAAGAGAAAAGCAAAGAAUGUAGUAUCCCAUGAACAGCAUCAACCCGGACACAUGGCGCCCAGGGACUCCGACGUGGAGGUGCAGCCAGCCUACAAAAAACCCAGAAAGGCUAUCCUGGAACCUGAACAUGAACCGGGGGUCCGUGAUGUCCAAGAGUUGAACGCCCAAGAUAACGAAUUCUUGGCCAGCAUGGCACAUGUUACAGAACACAUAGAGACAUUGAUAAGGACUAGGGCUGUGGCUUUUGAACGCAAGGCCGAAGCUGAGCAACACCUUGAACAAGCAAAACGCAUCAUACGUAAACAAAUGGCCGUGAUUAGUGAUACUUCACAACAGCUAGAAUGUCUAAAGACACGUGCAAACCCUGUGUGUGAUUUCGUAGACAGAAAUAAAAAAGAUCAACCAUACCCUGUCUGCAUACAGGUGGGGGGAGGGUCCACAUCUAGCCACCAGCCAGGAGGGUAUAGGAAUGCUUCUGAUUCUUCAGACGAAUUUGAACCAUCCGAGGAGUCACCUAGUGGCCCCGGUCCUCAGAAUGCUUUUACUGAACAGUGUGAAACCCAGAAUGGGUCCUCUCUAGGUGAGGCUUCUGAUGUUGGCCCGAAUGCCACCCCCAAAGAGCGGGCUACCCACAGCGGAGCUUCUCGAGGAGGCUUGGCGUUCGAUGUUGGACCUGCAGCUGGUUCCCAACAGUUCUCUUCUGAAGAAGCAGCAGGCAUUUCUGAAGAAACCCCACCUGUGGAUCUUCAGUUUAUACAGCGUUAUAAUAGGAGCUAUGCACGCUUUAAUGGAACUGAAAUGUAUUACGAAUUCAAGUUUGUGAAUUUGGACAGAGUACACUCCUUUUGUGAUGCGCUAUCUGGGAUGCAUUCUGCUAUUCAAAGGGUUUUGGAUAAUAUAAACAAUCAUAUAGAACCAGGGGACUUUGUACAGCUCAGAUUGCGAGCGCCAGGGAUUUCAAACCCCCUUUACUCAGCAAGGAGACAGGCAGGCCAUCUGAACGCUGAGGCAUUCCUAAGCGCUAUAUCUAACCUGCUUCAAAGUUAUGCACAAAUUUUAGCUGAUGGUGUAUUAACACUGGCUGUGAUUGUCAUCACACCCCCACGAGGAGCCGGUCGCAGGCAUAUAAAAUCAAUACCCUAUAGCAGCAUUAUACAGAAAAAGAGGCUGCAUCUGAUAGAUGUCCCCAUGCCUAACACAGCCCUCUGUUUUGCAGCGAGUCUCAUGGCUGUUCUAGAUUUGAGAGCCACCGCUACACAGAUAAAAAAGGGAGCAAAAAAGUUGUACCAGGAUCUUGGGUGGAGUGAGCAAAAACAAGUGUCUUAUGCAGACGUAGAAACCGUAGAGACACACAUGAAGGUCAAUAUUGUUGUUGUGCAAUGGGGAACUUCUGGAUGGAGUAUUUUAAAAACUCCUGAACAGAAGUACCUCAAAACCUGUUUUCUGUUACUUCAUAAGGAUCAUUAUUAUGGGGUUAAGAACAUCAAGGGGUUUUUUGGGACCAGAAAUUUUUGUUAUGUCUGCUACACGCCCUACAGACACACACACGACUGUUUGAUGAGGUGCCACCGCUGUUUAGAGGCUGGCUGUGUAAAACACGUGGGGCGUGUAAUCAGAUGCCCCAAAUGCAAGAUGCAGUGUAGAUCACAUGAGUGUCUAGGAAAGCAUAUGAAGCUCGCCGCCGUGGGGCGGGUAGAAUGCAUCCCGCGUGAUCUAUGUGAAAAGUGCUUCCGCUAUGUCGAGCUGGGUCAUGAAACUGAACGCAUCUGUAGGGGAAAGCAGUGCCGUGUCUGUUAUGAGUACCUUUCCCCCGGGGUAGAACACGCGUGUUACAUUCCACGUCUACAGUACCCCGAGAUAUCAGUAAAAUAUGUGUUUUAUGACUGCGAAUGCAGGCAGGAGGAUGGGAUCCACGUCCCAAACUAUAUUUAUGCCAAGGCCUUUGAAGGGGAGACUGUGGAGCCUGUUAAAGCAUAUCAAGAGAAACAGAAAGAUUGGGAGAAGUGGGGGCCCCAAGGGGAUUAUUGGGAAUUUAAGGGAGAUAAAUGUCUGAAUGAGUUUGUAUUACGUUUUACAUCAGAUAAUAAGUUUAUGGGGUGCACUUUUCUGGCUCACAACUCGCGGAGCUACGAUGGCAUUUUGAUACUGAGAGAGCUAAUCAAUGAAGGCCUCGAUGUAGAGCUGCUCACACAGGGGGGAAAACUGCUGUGUAUAACAGUUACAAAAAAUGACAUAAAAUUUAUAGAUUCCCUAUGCCACCUACCCAUGGCUCUAGCAAAACUCCCCAAAGCUAUGGGUUUUCAGGGCUGCAAGGGCUAUUUCCCACAUUUCUUUAAUAAAAAAGAAAAUGAGAGUUAUGUUGGGAAUAUGCCAGACCCCCAGGACUACGGUGUGGAUGCUAUGAAGCCUGCAGAUAGGGAAGAAUUCAUGAAGUGGUAUGAGGAAAACAAAUCAAAAACGUUUGAUAUGCAGAAGGAAUUGGCCUAUUACUGUCAGAAAGAUGUAGACAUCCUGAUGCAGGCCUGUACAAAAUAUAGACAUGAAUUGGUUGAGAUGACAUGGGAUGUCGUUGAUAAACCUAUGGGGAGGAAAAAUGCCAGGGUGCUGGUGGGUAUCGACCCCUUCCAAUACCCUACGCUUGCUAGUGUGUGCUUAAGAAUGUACCGCUACAAGUAUCUGAAAGAUGAAGAGAUCGCCAUACCGGCCCCAGAUAACUACCAUCAUCAGUGCAAAAGAUUCUCAACUAUGUCCAUUCAAUGGUUGGAAUACAUAGCCCACAGGGAAAACAUACAUAUUCAACACGCUUUGAAAGGGGGUGAGUUUAAGGUUGAUAUUCCUCAGGAGCUUCAGGAGGCGUUGGGGGGUGUUAAGGCAUGUUAUUUAGAUGGUUAUUCUGUGAAUGGGGGAAAGAAAUGUGCUUUUGAAUUUAAUGGCUGCUUUUAUCACGGGUGUGUAACCUGUUAUUCAGCACACAAACAGCACCCCAUGUUGUCGGAAACCUAUGGUUUUCUCUACAAUGCUAGUGAGAGGAAAGCAGAUGUCUUAAAACGCAUGGGGUUUGAAGUCCGUUGUAUAUGGGAGCAUGAGUGGCGUGACAUGGUCAAGGGGGAUCAGAAGGUGGUAGAUUUUCUGCAGCAGGGAUUUCCAGAACCUCUGGAACCUAGAGAUGCAUUGUUUGGGGGCAGGACAGGCUGUGUGAGUCUGUAUUAUGAGGCGAAGGAGGGAGAACAGAUUCACUACUCAGAUUUUACCUCUCUCUAUCCUUUUAUCAUGCGAAAUCGCCAGUUUCCCAUAGGACACCCUAAAGUAAUUUAUGACGAUUUUAGACCACUCUCUGAAUAUUUUGGAAUUGCCAAGGUGAAGGUAUACCCACCACGCCGUCUCUUUUUCCCUGUCCUCCCUGUCAAAGUGAACGGGAAGCUCAUGUUUCCGCUGUGCAGUCUCUGUGCAGACUCACAGCAGCUGGAGCAAUGCAGGCACAAUGAUGAGGAAAGGGCUUUAGUGGGUACAUGGUGCACUGUAGAAUUGAAUGUUGCUGUGGCUAAAGGUUACAGGGUGGCACAGAUCUAUGAGGUUUGGCAUUUUGAAAGGAGUUCUGGCAGCCUCUUUUCAGAGUACGUCAAAACAUUUCUCAGGCAGAAGCAAGAGGCUUCGGGCUACCCAGCAGAGUAUGUCAGCAGGGAGGAUAGGGAGAAAUACAUUGCUGAGUAUUAUAAGAAAGAAGGUGUGUGUUUACGCCCCGAGAUGAUUGAAUCAAAUCCUGCUAAACGCCAGAUAGCCAAGCUUUUCUUAAAUUCCUUGUGGGGGAAAUUUGCUCAGAGAUCAAACCUUCCUAGGACAUCCAUAGUAAAAAGCCCUAACGAGCUUUUCCAAUACCUCUUUUCAGAUAGCUAUGAGGUCUCUAUGUGUGAAUUCCUUGAUGAUGAUACAUGUUGUGUGUCUUGGAAAGAUACAAAAGAAUGUAUAGUUCCACCAGGUCACACAAAUGUUUUUCUGGCGUGCUUUACAACCGCCUAUGCACGCCUGCAUUUGUACUCUAUCAUGGAGAAGCUGGGGGAACGGUGCCUGUACCAUGACACAGAUUCUGUGAUCUAUGUGUCUCAUGAGGGGGAGUACAACCCACCCCUUGGAAACUUUUUAGGGGAGCUGACAAACGAACUACUGGCAGACCAGUACAUAACAGAGUUUGUGAGCACAGGUCCUAAAUCUUACGGCUACAAGCUGUCAGGGGGGGAAUCGUGUAUUAAGGUCAAGGGAAUUACUCUGAACUUUUCUAAUUGUCAAAAAAUUAAUUUUGACAGUCUGAAAAUUCUGGUUUUUGCCUGCGUUUCGGACCAGAACCCGCCACGUGAGAUUGUGGUAGAGCAGAAUGGCAUCGUUAGAAAUAAGAGGAGAUGGGAGCUAGAAACACGUCUUUUGAGGAAGACGCAGAGAGUGGUGUUUGAUAAGCGCGUCAUCGUUGAGGGUUUUAAGACUAACCCCUAUGGGUUUUAAAAUGGAUGUUCGAUGGCAACACCCCUUCUCCGCUAUCCUUGCGGGACCAAGCAAUAGCGGAAAAACGUUUUUCCUUUAAAAAAUGCUGCACAAUGCACACAGUGUGCUAUCUGUGAUGCCUGAAAAAAUCGUAUGGUGUUACUCUUGUUGGCAACCUUUGUACAAACAAAUGCUCUGUAAAUACCCUAUGAUAAAAUUUGUAGAAGGUAUGCCUGAGAAAAUUGAUGAUGAUGGCUUGUUACCCCCAAAUAAAAUCUGUUUUCUUGUU